UGAUUAGAGCCGGUUUAUCCCAAUUAAUAAGAUUUUGACGAGGAUGAAACAGCCGCUUUCUCUUUGUUGUUUGAAAAGCCAAGGCUCCGGAUGUCCCGCCCAUUUUAAAUGACGUAACGAUUGACAACGUUUUCGUCAACACGGUAUACGUGGGGCACUUGAUUGACAGUAACAUCGACCAAUGACCACGCGAAAUCGAACAGCCAUGGCGACAGAAACCCGUCUGCUGAUUUGCAACCCGCCGAAACAGCAUCGGGGAAGAAGGAGGACUUCGAUCGUUUCGCCAUGGACUGUUCCAGGAUCAGUGCCGCUUAAAUAGGACUCGAAACAGUAGCGCGGGUUUAAUAGGUGAACUGGACAUUGUCUUAAUCACAGUGGAAACAAAGACCUAUGAAUGACUGUAAUUCUGCACUAAGAAACAAGAUAUAAUUACACCUAGUUUGUUAAAACCAAACUAAACGGUGUUUCCUCAGAAGUGAUUUUGCAAAUGGAUCCAUCUUCUGGAAUGCACAUGCCAGCUGUUCCCCCAAACAGUGAGGUGGUCCAUGUGACUGUUGGGAAUCCUAUUAUAAUGUACCAGACUCCGCCACAGGCCCCCAACAUUGCACAGAUAAUUUCGCAGCAAGUCAUACCACAAGAUGUCACUUGUCAGACUAUACCACAUACAAUUACUUCACAAGUUCAGAUAGCAUCACAACUCCAGGCUUCAUUGCAUGGCCAUAGUCAAGGACGGGGUCAAACACAGAGUCAUGUACAGUCUCAAAGUCAUGGCCAGUCACAGAGUCACAUGCAGACUCAAAGUCAUGGACAAGCACAAAGUCACAUACAGUCUCAAAGCCAUGGACAAGCACAAAGUCACUUGCAGUCUCAAAGCCAUGGACAGUCACAAAGUCAUGUGCAGUCUCAAACUCAUCUCCCAUCACAAGUUCAUGUUCCACAAGGUCCAUCACAAAGCGAGACUGUCGCAGCAUCUCAGGAUGGUGCCAGAUCAUCUCUGCAGGUCCCUUUUGCAGAGGUCGCUUCUCUGCUGGAUCCUAACAUGAAGAGCUCAAAAGCCAGAAAGUACCAAAUCCAUUAUGAGGAAGUAAAACGAAGGCUGGAGCCACCCGAAAAGAUGUCACUCAGAUCUUUGGCUGCCUACACUAGAGUGAGUCGAGGUCCAGCCAGCAAAAAAUCCCUUUUGGAAUCGCUGAAUUUAUUUGGCCUGUCACCAAGCACCAACACAGCUGUGUCUAGUACUUUCUCCAAACUCACUGAGGGUGAUACAGCAGCACUGGUUAAAGACCUGAAGGACUUUGCAUUACAGUAUGUAGAUUAUGAAAAUAUGGCAAAACAGUUGCUGCCAGAGACAAACCAGGUUCAGCACUGGUCAAAAAUAAUUGAGACAAGGAACUAUCUGGAAGAAAUGCGGAAAGUUUUUAAAGACCCCAUUAACAGUCACCCGUUCUCCAAUGUGACACAUGGUCUCGGUAAUGGUGUGAUGGAUGUUGCCCUUGACAUCAUUGAUACGGUCAUUGACCGGCAGAUUCGCAUCCUCUCAGGAAACACAGACCCCAAACCCGAGCCACCUGUCAGGAGGAUCCGAAAGCGAACACGUAAACCCAAGACUGCUGUGGAGGAUGGCAAGCCCAAAGAGAAAGCCAAAAGAGGGAGGAAGAAAGGCAAGCAAAUCCGAUUAGACACUGUAGACCCACAGGUUCCACAAUCCACAGACAUUGAGAGUAGCGUACUGACUCUGGUGUCUGUAGGAUACGAGACUAUAUCGAGUGGUCUCAGUGCCACCAGCACAGGUUUAUCAUAGUGCAUAGACUGAUGGACACUGUGAGCGCUGUGUGCAUGCUGAGUGUUGACAUACAGUAAAGCACAUUUUAGAUGUCUUUUUUUUUUUUUUUUUCAGGUUUUGUUAAAAUGUGUUAAUCUAAAUGUUCUGAAUACUUUUUGAGUGUCUAAAAUGAUUUAUUGGGAAGGGUAAGUGGUUUAUAUCACCCAGAAUGUUUUACUAAGAUGUUUUUUCAUGUUUUUUUUUUUUUUUUGUACAUUAUUCUAAUUUCAAUGAAGAACAAAUGACUAGACUAGAUAAUCUUAAAAGAACUCAAAACUGGUGUUUUGUGAAGUGCAGAUCAUGAUUCAGAUGAAUAAAAACAAUCAUGUCCAAAAA